AUGACAUCCACGUUUAUGAUCAUCAAUAUUCUUUUUCUUCUGUUAUCAUCGUCCCUCGUACAAGCCCGUUAUCGAGCUCAAACAAAACGGCGAUAUUCAAUGUCGAAUCCAUCUUUUGUACCACCAUUUCCUUUCAAUAAUAAUAAUAAUAAUAAUAAUAAUAAUCAUAAUAACAAUAAUAAUGCUUAUGCUGAUGGUGAUGAGUUGCAAGGAAAACCUAACGAAGAGUCUUGGAUGGAUUCAUUAAAAGUAUCAACAACUACGCCAUUACCAACAACGCCCUCAAAUAAAGCCAAUGAAGAGCAAAUCGAACAAUUUACACGUCUUUUAUUUGACCGUCUAAAUUUAAAAGAAGCACCUAAUGUAACCAUGAACAUCAAUGACGAUACAGAUUUUACUUCUUCAAUUUUCAAACAAUUUGAACAACAAGCUAAACAAAAACAACGUGCACAUGAGAUUGAAGACAGUAAGUUCUAUCGAAAACAAAAAAAUCAUGAUGAACAAAUGCCUACAGCUGAACGUGCAAUUUUACCUGGUGAUUAUAUACCAAAUCAUACAUGUGAACGACAAUUAUCAGCAAAAUUAAAUCUUGCUGAUGAUGACCUUAAGAAUAUUGAUUGUUUUCGUUUCACAAAAUCCUCAAAAGAAUCAAAAAGUUUACCAACGAAUCAAGUCAUUAAUGAGUUGCGAUUAUAUGUAAAAAAAAAUUAUUUUCAUAUAAACGAGCAACAAGGUCAAAUAACACCAGAUAUGUUUCACAUUUAUCAAAUAUUUCGACCAACAUCAAAUGAUACAACACAGAAACCACCCAAUGGUCUUACGGGUACAAUACCUUUGGAAAUAAGUCACGUUAGAGAAUUAAAUGGCAAUUGGCUAGAAUUAACCAUCAAAUCGGAUGACGAUAAUAUUAAAUUGCAACAACUUUACACUCAACUCCUUAUGUCUUGGUAUGCACUUGCCAUUGAUCGAGAUGUCCAAUCAUCAUCAUCAUCAUCAUAUUCUGUGACAUCAUCAAUGCCAUCAUUUAGUCGUCUUUACUACCGACAAUAUCAUGCAAAAAGGCAUCAGUCUAAUUCAAUACGUACAGAAAGUGAUGAUGAAAAUGUUAAACAAGCGCAACAACAGUUGCCAUAUAUGUUAGUUGACUAUGGUGACAAAAUUUCUCAAUUAUCAUCUGGACGCCGUGGUACACGUGAUGCUGUACCACGUCCAGCACGUGGCUGUACUGCAGGAAGUUCAUGUUGUCGGCGUUCACUUACAAUUGACCUCGAUCAAGGUACUACUGCUUUAAAUUUUGUUAUUUAUCCAAGACAAUUGGAUAUUGGUGAAUGUGUGGGUUUAUGUGGUACAAGUGGCUCAUCACUCAAACAUACCGAUGUUAAAAAUGCACAACAUAAAAAUGAAAACAAUUCGGCAUACAAUCUACUGUUACUUCAAAAUAAUUUACACCAUAAUAGAAGUGCAACAGAUUCUAUGAAUCAAUCGGAACAACAUUCAACACAAUGUUGUUCGUAUUCACGUACAGGUGGUCUUGAACUCCUGUAUACAACUACAAAUGGUGGACCAAUUAUACGCAAAUUUAUACCAAAUAUGGUUGUUGAAGAAUGUAAAUGUGGAUUACCGGCUACAAUCCAGCAAGUAUAG